AUGGCCGAGACUCGAGCCAAGCAAAAAAUGCCUCUGGGGAACCUUAAAACCUUUGUGGCCCUGCUGACCAUGCUCCAGAACGCCGUGGGAUCCAUGUGGCCGGGCAAGUGGCUGCCGGCCGGGACCCCUGCCGAAUGCCUAGGCGACUUGACGUCUGGCCUGAGCGCUUUUACUUCCGCGGCUAAAGUGGAGCUGGUCAAGUCCGACCUCGACCUCGAGUUUGAACAUCGGUGUGCAUUGAAGAAGAUCAUGUUCACCGAUCACGCCAAGAUUGCCGCCGCCGCUGCAGGAGUGUGGCUGUGCAGCGAGGCAUUUGUGCCCGGCGCGCAGGUGACUCGCGAGGUUCAGGCGCCGUCCCACCUCCGCAGCGGCACGCGGGGCCGGGCCGCGGCCUCCUCGGGCCUGGCCAGCACCGCCACCGCCGGCGCCGCGCUGCUCGCGGCCGGCGCCUGCGCCGCCCGCAGCCGCAAGGUCUGCAAGUCUUUCGAGAACGAGGUGGGUGUGACUCUGCCCAUGAAGUACUUCGACCCCCUCGGCAUGGCCAAGGACGACGAUUCCGAUGACUUCCGCCGCCGCCGAAUGGCCGAGGUCAAGAACGGACGUGUGGCCAUGCUUGCCUGCAUGGGCUAUAUCGCCCCGGAGUACUUCCGACUGCCCGGACUCUGCAGCCCCUCCAAAGGUCUGGCUUUUGCAGACAUCCCCAACGGCAUCCAGGCGCUCUACAAGAUGCCCGCGGAGGGCUGGGCUCAGAUUGCUAUCUUCAUCGGCUUCCUGGAGCUGUUCCCUAUGAGGCAGGAGAAGGACCGCAUGCCGGGCGACUUCCCUGGCUUCUCCAAGCUGGGCUUCGUGGGUGGCUCGGCCCCGGCUGACCCUUCCGCCAACCAGCGGUCCCUUGAGGCCGAGAUCAACAAUGGCCGGCUGGCGAUGGUGGCCAUCACUGGCAUGGUGGCCCAGAACGCCUUCUUCGGCACCACUGGGCCAGCAAUGUGGCUGCCUUCCUCUGCCUUCGAAGGCGAGCUUGGCGUGCAGGCGCCUGUGGGCUUUUGGGACCCCAUUGGCCUCUCCGCAGAUGGCGACGUCGACACCUUCAAGCGCCGCCGCGCUGUCGAGCUGAAGCACGGACGCAUCUGCAUGUUGGCCUGCGUCGGCUACAUCGUCCCGGAGUAUUUCCGCUGGCCUGGAUACCUCUCGCCGGAGAAGGGUCUCAAGUUUGCUGACAUGCCGCACGGCAUUGCCGCCAUCUCGAAGGUCCCCCUUGAGGGCUGGCUGCAGAUUGUCCUCUUCAUCGGCCACUACGAGGGUUACUUCUGGCGCCAGGACCCCAAGCGGGCCCCGGGUGACUACGAAGGCUACGGGUUCCUGGGCGUGGGCAAGAACUUCAUCAUUAACGUCGACCCUAUCGAGUUCCAGGACUCAGAGGUGAAGAAGACCAAGCUGUCGGCCGAGAUUGCGAAUGGACGACUGGCCAUGGUGGCAUUGAUGGCCAUGCUUUUUCAGAACGGCACGGUCGGCUCGACCGGCCCGGCCAUGUGGCUGCCGGCAGCAUAA